AUGAUGAUGAAUAAUUCUGGUGUAAUGGGACAACAAGUUCCUCCAUCGAAUCAAGUUCAACCACAAGCUCAAACUCAACAGCAAACAGCAACAUCUCAAAUUAUACCCGGUGGUAUUAAUACAGCAAUGAAUUUGCAAGCACGUCAAAAUCAAAAUGAUGAUAUUUUAGCACGUUGUCUCGUUCAUACUCAACGUCUUCGUGAAAAUCUUCAGGCUUUACUUAACACAACGAAACAAGCAGCAAAUAUUGAAACUGAUGAACAAACAUCAUCAUCGGCAGCUAAUCUUUCGACGAAUUCAUCUCUAAGAAAUAAUAUUGAUCGUAAACUAUGUGACAUGAGUGUUUCACUCGAUCAACUUUUCUCCUCGCUCGAUCAAUAUGAUUUUAAAGCAUUACAAGGUCAACAACUAUUAGUCAAUCAUUAUAAUGAAUUAUCCUAUGAAAAACAGGGCACACUAAUGGAUGAAUGGACUUCAAAUAUCAAAUGGGCAGAUAAACUUGCCGAAAUAUCUUCAUCAGUUCAUCCAAGAAGUCAACUUUAUCGUCGAAGUCAUUAUCGAGCUUUAAAUACAAAUGUUCGUUCGCGCAUUGAUGGACCAUCAUCAGCUUUGAUUGAACGUAUAAUUACACAAUUUGAAGCUUCACAAGCACAGCAACAACAACAACAAUCAUUACCUAAAGAUUAUUCGAUUAUUGUUCAACGCUUAUCAGAUCAUUUACAUAUUAUUGAAUUGUGCUUAUUUCGAUCAGGUUUAGAUAUUUAUUUAUAUGUACGACAUUUUACUGUUGAACAUGUUAUUGUUAAACCAUUAAAUGAAAAAAAAAUAUUUUCAACCAAUUUAAAUAAUAAAUCAACAACAAAUUGUUGCGCUUUAGAAUUAAUUGCUGGACAUAUACGUGCAGCUGCCGUUUAUUAUACACAAUUAAAUAUGCAAGCUGAUCAAGCAUUCAUAAAAUUAUUAGCCUAUAUAUUGAAAUAUCAAGGAUUACACAAUCAAAAAUGUGUUAAUUGUCAAAAGCAUCUGUUAAAUGGUUUACAACCAACAUGGAGAGAUUUUAAAACAUUUGAAUCUUUUCAUGAAGAAUGUUUAAAUUAG